AUGAAUAAUACAUAUUUGUUGUUGGUUGUUGUUGCACUUUGUGUCGUAGGUGCUUGGUCAAAGGGAGGUGAUACACCAGGUUCUUAUACCAACUAUCAAUGGAGCCCAGAGCCUUCGGGAUUCUCAAACGUUCACUACCAAAUCAAUAUCCAAAACGAUCCUGGCUUCUACGCCAACACCUACUGGAGCAACCAAUUUGGAAUGGUUGGUACUGAUGGUGGCUACACUGGUGUACAAUCCAAUGGUGGUCAACCAAGGACCUUCUUGUUCUCUUUGUGGAAUGCAAAGGUUGACAAGCCUGGAUCACCAGGUUCAAAGUGCCAACCAUUCGGAGGUGAGGGUGUAGGAAUGCAUUGCCAAUACUUCUAUGAUUGGACUCAAGGUGAUGAGAUCCACUUUGACCUCACCCUCGAAGACACCUGGUUGUCAGUCAACGUGUCCAUCCCCAACAAGAAUCUUGCCUUCACCAUUGGUUCCAUCCAAACCAAUGGUACUGCCAUCAGUCCAGAUGGAAUGGUCAACUGGGUUGAAUACUUUGAGUGGAGCUCAGACACCUCUGAAUGCUACAACCAACCGUAUUCCCAAGCAACAUUCUUCCUUCCAUUGGGCGAUGGUGUGCCAGCAACAGUGUCCGAUGUCAGUUUGUCCAACACAUGUGAUAAUGAGACCGUUGUGAAGCAAAACAUCAAUGGUAGCACUCACUAUGACGCCAUUGGCAACAGUGCUCGUGGUCAGAUCCAGUCCGUCGUCAACAAUCUUUGCAUUGGUUCAUCGGCCAGCACUGCCACGGGACCAGCCGUGACCGCCACCUGCAAGAACACCUGGGACCAGCUGUGGGUAGUCAGCAAUAUCAAUGUGAUUGCCACCAUUGACAACACGUGUCUUGAGUCGACCAAUGGACAGUCGGUCCAGGUGAGCACCUGCACUCUGACCCACAACCAGCAGUGGACUUACAACGCCAACCGUCAACUGGUCAACACCAAGUACCAGACAUGUCUGACCGCAGGUUCCAGCGGCAAAGGACUGACCCUGAGCUCAUGUACCUCAGCCACAUCCCAGCAAUGGACCAUCCCCACCUUGUUGACUUAUUAA